CAUCUUGAAACCAAAUUCUAUAGCAUAUCAUAUCACCGUUUUUAUGAAUCCGGCUGUAGAGAAUUAUUUCGCGUAAAGGACAGGUCAGCACGAGCAGCGAAACAGCGGACCAUUGGAUCAGCUCCUUCUCCACCGGUCCGAGUCUCCGACACGCGUCCAUCCAUCUGACAUCCACAGCGCGCGCUUGACUCGAUCACUGCACUCCCCCCCGCGCCAAGGAGAUGGACGAGCGCCCCGACGCCUGCGCCGUGGCUUCCUCUACCUCCUCCGCCUCAGUGUCGAGCGCCGAGGAGGACGCGUCGAUCCAGGACCAGCUCGGCGGGCACGGAGCGUUCGCGCCACCAGCCGUCGACGCCGCCCAGCCAGUACCACCGCGGCGGCGGUUCUGGGCGUGGGCCACCCUCACCGCGCGCGCCGCCGCGCCCAGGCUGCACGAGGCGUGCGGAACCGCGGCGCGGGGACUCGUGGCGUGGACAAGGCGGGGCGGCGCGCCUCGUUGCCUCCUCGUCGUGUCGGUUGGAUCCGUGGCGCUCGUGGCGCUAAGCGGCCUCCUGAUCCUCGUCUUCUUCGUGGUGGCGGCGGCGACGAACGCCAUCGCCUUUUCCGUCGUCGUGUCCUUGGCCGGCGCCGGGGGGUUCCUGGCCGUGCUGCUGGCUUUCCUGGCCGCGAUGUACGUCGGCGCAGUGUCCGUCGCCGUGUUUGUUAUCUUGGCCACCACGAUCGCGACAGUCGUUGCCAUCACGAUCGCCACCGGUUGGGUUGCAUUCUUCUGGUUUGUUUGGUUUACCGCCAGAGAAUGCCUGAGCCUGACGACUAAGCGAAGAACCGGCACCACAAGUCCAUGAUCUGAGCCAGUUUCUGGGUCGUAGCAGCUAGCAGGUAACAGGGAAAUGUACUCUACUCCAUGUUGACGUGUUUGGAGAAGGCCAGCAAAGCUUUUAGUUGCGUUGGGCCUUAUUCGAGUUGAGCCUAGCCAUGAAUGAGUUCCACGCUCUCUCCUCUUCCUCUAUAGCACGUACAGGCCCACACUUGUUAGCCCACAACGCGUGCUACUGCUGCAGCAACAAGGCAGCAGACGAAAUGACGAAUUCAUUUGUUUCUGUAUGCCCGAAUGGUGUCCAUGAAAUGAGAUCGCUGCAAGAAUUUGCACUGAUUUUUUUUAAUCUCUCUCCACCACCACGGACUGAGGAUUGAGGAGAUGCCACCCUGAUGCUUAUCUUCUUCCAGUUCGUGAACAGUGACCUGAACCUGAAACUUGCCCCAGUUUAGAACCUGAAGCUGAACACUGCCGACAGUUUAGGCCCACUUUGGAACAAAGAAAAUUUUUCUGAA